AUGCCAAGAAGUCAUAGAAAGGUGCCUGGUGCAAGACAGUAUAACACUUAUAGUGAAGAAGACAUGCAGACUGCAUUAGACGAAAUUAAAAAUGAAACAAUUUCAAUGAAUGCAGCAUCAGAGAAAUACAGUAUUGCAAAAGGGACACUCUAUAAUAAUGAGCAUUCAAAACAUGAACAUAAAUGUGGAAGACAAAGUGUAUUUACAAAUGAAGAAGAAGAAACAUUUCUUCAUUAUGCUUUGACAGUUAGCAAAUGGGGUUUUCCUUUUGAUGUGCAAGACUUCCGAUAUUUGGGAAAGCUGUAUUUAGAUACAAGAGGAAAAAAAGUAUCUCAAUUUGGUCCAACCAAUACACCUGGUGUUGAAGGGGCAUGCAGUUUUAUGAAGUGUCAUAAGGAUCUCUUAUCCCAUCAUGAUAUGAUACCACUUUGUAGAAUCUUCAAUUAUGAUGAGACAAACUUAUGUGACAAUCCAGGAGUGAAGAAAUGUCUUUCUAAAUGUCACGGCAGCGCUGUAAUUCAUGUUAAAACUUAUCUUUGCGUUCUCAGUCUGUAUAUCAUUCAGUUGUUUGUCAUCAUGUUUCGGCGCGGUUUAUCAGACGCAGAAAUUGCGGAUUUGAUCAAUCAUAGCGACACUCUGGAUAAUGUAGAGAGUGAUUCAGACGAUUCUGAAUGCAAUGGUGUGUUUGAAGAAGACGAGAUUGAUGACAGUUUGUCUUCAGAUGAAGACGAGAAUGAUGUUGAAGGUGUUGCUUCAAAUCCAGCAGCUGUGCCGUAUCCGAAAGACAGUGAGUGGACUGCAGUUGACACCUACCGACCUCUGCCUGUCAACACGACACCCAGGCAGAUACUAGUGGAUAUUGAUGAGUCGAGUUCUGUACUGGAUUGCAGUAAAGUGUUCCUUACUGACAGUGACGUAAAUGAACUCAAGAGACAGACAAAUUUGUAUGCAUCACAGACAAUACAGAAGAAAAGAAGAGGAAAUAAUCUGAAGCCCCAUUCAGUUUUGAGUUCGUGGAAGCCAGUGACUAUAAGUGAGAUGAGGCGUUUCUUGGGUAUUAUUUUCCACAUGUGUGUUUCGAAAAAGCCAAAAAUUGCGGACCAUUGGAGCACUAAUCCUGUUCUUAGUUGUAACUUUUGUCCCCAUGUCAUGAGCCGUUUGCGUUUCACUCAGAUACUGUCAUGCUUGCAUCUUGUUGACAAUUCAAAUCAGAAAAAACCAGGCGAAGAUGGAUUUCAUCCACUUUACAAAGUUUUGCCAUAUUAUAAUAAUUUGAAGGAGCGAUGUAUCCAGGCAUAUCGUCCCUCAGAAAAAGUGACAAUUGAUGAAGGAAUUUGCCCAUUUCGAGGUCGUGUGAGUUUCCGUGUUUACAUGCAAAAUAAGCCUCAUAAGUAUGGACUGAAAGUAUAUGCUGUUGCUGAAGCCAGUAGUGGCUAUGUUGUAAAUUUUGAAGUUUAUGCUGGUAAGCAUAUUGUUGACAAUUCUUCGUCUGCGGUUAUUUUGCGAUUGUUGUCUGACAGCAGCUUGCUGAACAAAGGCCACACUGUGUAUUUAGAUCGAUUUUAUUCCAGUCCAGAGCUAUUUCAGCAACUGGCAGAGAAAGGCACUGGAGCUGUUGGUACUGUGAACAAAUCCAGGAAAGGAUUGCCUAAAGAUUUAGUAUCUGCUAAGCUGAAAAAGGGCGAAAUGUCUUUUCGGCGUAAAGAUAAUGUAUUGGCAAUGAAGUGGAAAGAUAAGAGAGAUGUGUAUACAUUGUCUACAAGGCAUCAAGCAACAUUUGGUACGCAUACUAAGAGAAAUGGGUCUGUAGUAUUGAAACCACUUCAGGUACUUGAUUACAACCUCAAUAAAAUUGGAGUGGAUAUUGGAGACCAACGCCUGCAGUACAAUCCGUUCCAGCACAGAACUGUGAAAUGGUGGCGAAAAUUAUAUUUCCAUUUGCUGCUUAUGGGAGUAUCAAAUGCAUUUUGGCUGUACAAUGCAGUGCACAGGAAGAAAAUUACAAUAACAGACUUUAUAACAGUGCUUGCAGUUCAGCUUGUUGAAGACGACACACUUGAAUUCAUUCCAAGAAAUGAAGGAACUGUAGGUCGGCUAACAAAGAGACAUUUUUUGCAGCACAUACCUGCAACUACUAAGAAGUAUGCUGCUCGUGUGUGUCACGUGUGCAGUUCCAGGAGCAAGAAACAGAGUGGCAAGGCUUCUCGCAAAGAGACACGAUACGAAUGUGAACAGUGUGGCGUUGCACUCUGCCUGGAACCUUGCUUUAAAAUUUUCCACACUAAAAAACAAUAUGAUUCUGUGUGA